CUGUUACAUGUGCGUUCAUCAACACAGAAAGAAGAAGCCUGCUAGAGUUAAGAUGGCGGCAUGUGGGUGAGGAGGCUGUGGAUCUAAACUCGUGUCUUUCGCCAUAAAAAAAGUCAUAUGAACCUGCAUCUACACAGAAAAAGAGAACAUAACAAUUCCCAUACAAUUCAUGCAUUUGCGUGUGAUUUUGGAUUGACCUCAUGACAUCCAUACACUUCGUGGUCCACCCGUUGCCCGGGACCGAGGAUCAGCUCAAUGACAGGCUCCGUGAAGUCUCAGAGAAACUCAACAAAUACAACUGCAACAGUCAUCCACACCUCAGUGUUCUGGAACAGUCCACUUUGAAACAAUGUGUGGUUGGACCAAACCAUGCUGGAUUUCUGCUCGAGGACGGACGUGUGUGUCGAAUCAGCUUUGCUGUCCAGCCCGAUCGCUUGGAGCUCAGCAAACCGGAAGGGAGCGAUGGUUCAAAGUUGAACAGUGGUUCAGGGACAGGAAGGAGCUCCAGGCCAGGCAGGACCAGUGAUCCACCCUGGUUUCUGUCUGGUUCUGACACACUGGGCAGACUGGCAGGCAACACCCUUGGGAGUCGCUGGAGCUCUGGUGUAAAUGGAGGCAGCGGAGGAGGUGGUAGCGGUGGCGGAGGCUCCGGGGCAGGUGGAGCAGGAGGAGGGGGAAGCAGCGGGGGUGGAGGUGGUGGUGGAGGGGGCAGCAGUGGAGGAGGUGGGGGCACCUCGGGCAGGUCCUCGACCGCUGCCCGGGACUCCCGCAGACAGACCCGGGUGAUCCGCACCGGCAGGGACCGCGGCUCUGGCCUGCUGGGUAGCCAGCCCCAGCCUGUCAUCCCUGCUUCAGUCAUCCCAGAGGAACUAAUUUCUCAGGCCCAGGUGGUCCUGCAGGGCAAGUCCAGGAGCGUCAUUAUCCGGGAGCUGCAGAGGACCAAUUUGGACGUGAACCUGGCAGUCAACAACCUGCUGAGCAGGGAUGACGAGGACGGCGACGACGGAGACGACACGGCAAGCGAGUCCUACCUCCCUGGAGAGGACCUCAUGUCCCUGUUGGACGCAGACAUCCACUCGGCGCACCCCAGUGUCAUCAUUGAUGCCGACGCCAUGUUCUCAGAGGACAUCAGCUACUUUGGAUACCCCUCCUUCAGACGCUCCUCGCUCUCUCGCCUGGGCUCCUCCAGAGUUCUCCUUCUUCCCUUAGAGCGUGACUCUGAGCUGCUGCGUGAGCGGGAGUCCGUCCUGAGGUUGCGCGAGCGACGCUGGCUGGACGGGGCCUCGUUCGACACCGAGCGGGGCUCCACCAGCCGCGAGGGCGAGCCCAGCCUCGACAAGAAGAGCAUCCCUGUGCAGAGCCCCGUGUCCCUGGGGGAGGAGCUCCAGUGGUGGCCUGACAAGGAUGGUGUGAAGUUUGUGAGCAUCGGGGCCUUGUUCUCUGAGCUGGUCGCCAUCAGCUCCAAAGGAGAGCUUUACCAGUGGAAGUGGAGUGAACCCGAACCUUACCGGAACACACAGAACCCUUCAGUUCAUCACCCGCGUGUUUCCUUUCUUGGCCUGGCCAAUGAAAAGAUUACGCUGUUGUCCGCCAACAGCAUCAGAGCCACCGUCGCCACAGAGACCAACAAGGUGGCCACCUGGGUGGAUGACACACUGAGCACUGUGGCGUCCAAACUGGAGCACAGCGCCCAGACCUUCCCCGAGCUGCAGGGCGAGCGCAUCGUAUCGCUGCACUGCUGUGCCCUCUAUACCUGCGCCCAGCUGGAGAACAGCCUCUACUGGUGGGGAGUGGUGCCUUUUAGUCAGCGUAAGAAGAUGCUUGAAAAGGCCAGAGCCAAGAACAAGAAGCCAAAGUCCAGUGCUGGCAUCUCCUCGAUCCCAAACAUCACUGUUGGAACACAGGUGUGCUUGAGAAAUAACCCACUCUACCAUGCCGGUGCAGUGGCCUUCUCUGUCAAUGCUGGAAUUCCCAAGGUGGGCGUCCUAUUGGAGUCCGUGUGGAACAUGAACGACAGCUGCAGGUUCCAGCUGCGCUCACCAGAAAGCCUCAAGAACAUGGAGAAGACCGCCAAGACCCAGGAAAUCAAAGCGGAGAGCAAGUCAGAGCUGGUGAAGACGGAGAUGGGCCCGCCCCCCUCCCCCGCGUCCACCUGCAGUGACACCUCUUCCAUCGCUAGCAGCGCCUCUCUGCCCUACAAACGAAGGCGCUCCACCCCCGCUCCCAAGGAGGAGGAGAAGGUGAACGAGGAGCAGUGGCCCCUGAAGGAGGUGGUCUUUGUGGAGGACGUCAAAAAUGUCCCUGUAGGAAAGGUGCUAAAGGUGGACGGUGCCUAUGUUGCGGUGAAGUUCCCCGGGACGUCCAGCAGCGUGAGCAGCCAGGCGACGGCGGUGGCUGCCGACUCUGACCCGUCCUCCCUCCUGCAGGACUGCAGGCUCCUCAGGAUAGACGAGCUCCAGGUGGUUAAGACGGGCGGAACUCCCAAAGUUCCUGAUUGCUUUCAACGCACGCCUAAGAAACUCUGCAUCCCAGAGAAAGCAGAGAUCCUCGCUGUGAAUGUUGACUCCAAAGGAGUGCAUGCGGUGCUGAAAACCGGCAGCUGGGUCAGGUACUGCAUCUUCGACCUGGCCACGGGCAAGGCCGAGCAGGAGAACAACUUCCCCACCAGUAACCUGGCCUUCCUGGGGCAGAGCGAGCGCAACGUGGGCAUCUUCACCGCAGGACAGGAAUCUCCUAUCAUCCUCCGGGAUGGAAAUGGUACGAUCUACCCUAUGGCCAAAGACUGCAUGGGUGGAAUCCGGGAUCCAGAUUGGCUGGACCUACCACCCAUCGCUAGCCUGGGCAUGGGGGUGCACUCCCUGGCCAAUCUCCCCUCCAACUCUACCAUUAAGAAGAAAGCUGCUAUUAUUAUCAUGGCCGUCGAGAAGCAGACCUUGAUGCAGCACGUCCUGCGCUGCGACUACGAGGCGUGCCGGCAGUAUCUGGUGAAUCUGGAGCAGGCCUUUCUGCUGGACCAGAGCGGCCAGGCCCUGGGGUCUCUGCUGGGCCACCGCUGUGACGGCAACCGCAACAUCCUCCACGCCGCCGUGUCGGUCUGCUUCCCCGUCAGCAACAAGGAGACCAAGGAGGAGGAAGAAGCUGAACGGUCUGAGAGGAACACGUUCGCAGAGCGCCUGUCUGCUGUAGAAGCCAUCGCCAACGCCAUCUCUGUGGUCUCCAGCAACAGCUCUGGCAACAGGACCGGCUCCUCCAGCAGCAGAGGGCUUCGGCUGCGUGAGAUGAUGCGGCGUUCCUUGCGAGCUGCUGGUCUUGGUCGCCAUGAGUCGGGCCCGUCCUCCAGUGACCAUCAGGACCCGGUGUCCCCACCUAUUGCCCCUCCCAGCUGGGUGCCCGACCCGCCCCCCAUGGACCCUGAUGGUGACAUUGACUUCAUCCUCGCCCCAGCCGUGGGCUCACUCACUACAGCCGCCACCGGCACCAGUCAGGGUCCCAGUACCUCCACCGUACCAGGUCCGUCCUCAGAGCCGUCUGUGGUGGAGUCUAAAGACAGGAAGGCCAACGCCCACCUCAUCCUCAAGCUGAUGUGUGACAGCGUUGUUCUGCGGCCACACCUGCGAGAGCUGCUCUCUGCCAAGGACGCCCGUGGAAUGACACCAUUUAUGCUGGCGGUCAGUGGGAGAGCCUACCCUGCUGCUAUCACUGUUCUGGAGGCUGCUCAGAAAAUGGCCAAGGUGGGCGACCCGGGCAUCGUGGAGAAGGAGGACGCAGACUCUGUGUUCAUGGAGAUGAUCUGCCCCUCCGGGACCAACCCGGACGACUCCCCGCUAUAUGUCCUCUGCUGCAACGACACCUGUAGCUUCACCUGGACCGGAGCGGAGCACAUCAAUCAGGAUAUUUUUGAGUGCCGAACCUGUGGCUUGCUGGAGUCUCUCUGCUGCUGUACGGAGUGUGCAAGAGUGUGCCACAAGGGACACGAUUGCAAACUUAAGAGGACUUCUCCCACUGCAUACUGUGAUUGCUGGGAGAAAUGCAAGUGCAAAACACUAAUCGCUGGCCAGAAGGCGGCUCGGCUGGACCUUCUGUACAGGCUCCUCACGACCACGGACCUGGUCACCACACCAAACAGCAGGGGAGAGCACAUUCUGCUGUUCCUGGUGCAGACUGUUGCCAGGCAGAGCGUGGAGCACUGCCAGUACAGACCGCCACGCAUUCGAGAAGACCGGAACCGCAAAGCAGCCAAUGCAGAAGACUCUGACAUGCCGGACCACGACCUGGAGCCGCCGCGCUUCGCCCAGCUGGCUCUAGAGCGAGUCCUGCAGGACUGGAACGCCCUCAAGUCCAUGAUCAUGUUCGGCUCGCAGGAAAACAAAGACCCGCUCAGCGCCAGCAGCAGAAUCGCCCACCUUCUGCCUGAGGAGCAGGUCUAUCUGAACCAGCAGAGCGGCACCAUACGACUGGACUGCUUCACACACUGCCUCAUCGUCAAGUGUGCUCCUGACAUUACUUUCAUCGACACUCUCCUGGGAACACUGGUGAAGGAGCUGCAGAACAAGUACACGCCCGGCCGUCGGGACGAGGCCAUCGCCGUAACGCGGAGGUUCCUGCGCUCCGUCGCCCGCGUCUUCGUCAUCCUCAGCGUGGAGAUGGCCUCUUCGAAGAAAAAGAACAACUUCAUUCCCCAGCCCAUCGGAAAGUGCCGGCGUGUGUUCCAAGCCCUUCUGCCGUACGCCGUGGAGGAGCUGUGCAACGUGGCUGAGUCGCUGAUCGUCCCCGUGCGCAUGGGCAUCGCCAGGCCCACCGCGCCCUUCACCCUGGCCAGCACCAGCAUCGACGCCGUGCAGGGCAGCGAGGAGCUCUUCUCUGUGGAGCCCCUGCCCCCGAGACCCUCCCCAGACCAGUCCAGCAGCUCCAGCCAGACGGCGUCCUCCUACAUCAUCCGGAACCCCCAGCCGCGACGCAGCAGCCAAUCCCAGCCCGUCAGAGGGAGGGAUGAGGAGCAGGAUGACAUUGUCUCUGCAGACGUGGAAGAGGUUGAGGUUGUGGAGGGUGUGGCCGGGGAAGAAGAUCACCAUGACGACCAGGAGGAGCAAGGAGAGGAGAAUGCGGAGGCUGAGGGCCAGCAUGAUGAGCAUGACGAGGACGGAAGUGACAUGGAGUUGGAUCUGCUGGCGGCAGCAGAAACCGAGAGCGAUAGCGAAAGUAACCAUAGCAACCAGGACAACGCCAGCGGCCGCAGGAGUGUAGUCACGGCAGCCACAGCUGGCUCUGAAGCAGGCAGUAGGGUGUCCCUGGCAUUUCCUAUUUUUGGUGCCAGCAGUGUGCCUGCCUUCUUUUCAGAGGACGACUCCCAGUCCAACGACUCGAGCGACUCUGACAGCAGCAGCAGCCAGAGCGAUGACGUGGAGCAGGAGACCUUCCUGCUGGACGAGCCCCUGGAGAGGACCACCAGCGCCUCCCACGCCAACAGCGCCGCCCAGGCGCCGCGCUCCAUGCAGUGGGCCGUACGCAACGCGCCCAGCCAGCGAGCCGCCGGCAACGGCCUACCCAACACCUCCACGCCGGCCGGUACGCGUGUGUCGAGCUCCACGGGCCUGAUCUACAUCGACCCCUCCAACCUGCGGCGCUCCAGCGCCAUUAGCUCCAGCGCAGCGGCGGCGGCGGCCCUGGAGGCUAGCAACUCCAGCAGCUACCUGACAUCUGCCAGCAGCCUGGCCCGCGCCUACAGCAUCGUCAUCAGGCAGAUCUCCGACCUCAUGAGCCUCAUCCCCAAAUACAACCAUCUGGUGUACUCCCAAUACCCUGCUGCUGUCAAGCUCACCUACCAGGACGCCGUCAGCCUGCAGAACUACGUGGAGGACAAGCUCAUCCCCACCUGGAACUGGAUGGUGUCCAUCAUGGACUCCACGGAGGCCCAGCUGCGUUACGGCUCGGCGCUGUCCUCCGCCGGGGACCCGGGUCACCCCAGCCACCCGCUGCACGCCUCGCAGCACUCGGCACGGCGGGAGCGCCUCACCGCCCGGGAGGAGGCCAGCCUCCGCACGCUGGAGGGACGCAGACGAGCCGCCACCCUGCUCACCGCGCGCCAAGGAAUGAUGUCCGCCCGCGGGGACUUCCUCAACUACGCCCUGUCCCUGAUGCGCUCGCACAACGACGAGCACUCGGACGUGCUCCCUGUGCUGGACGUGUGCUCCCUGAAGCACGUGGCCUACGUCUUCCAGGCCCUAAUCUACUGGAUCAAAGCCAUGAACCAGCAGACCACCCUGGAGACCCCGCAGAUGGACCGCAAACGAAACCGUGAGAUUCUUGAGCUUGGUCUGGACAACGAGGACUCUGAACAUGAGAAUGACGACGACACCAAUCAAAGCUCCACUUUGCAGGACAAGGACGAUGAUCCGGUUCCAGCCGAGACCGGCCAGAACCAUCCCUUCUUCCGUCGCUCCGACUCCAUGACCUUCUUGGGUUGCAUCCCGCCCAACCCCUUCGAGGUGCCCCUGGCCGAGGCCAUCCCCCUGGCGGACCAGCCACACCUCCUGCAGCCUAAUGCCAGGAAGGAGGACCUGUUUGGCCGUCCCUCUCAAGGCCUGUACUCCUCCUCUUACAUGGCCACCAAAGGCCUGGCCGAGGCCAGCAUGGACAGGAACUGCCUGGAGGUAAACAUGGGCUCCUCUGUACCCUCCUCCUCUCAGAUCUUGCCCACCAAGAUGUCGUACUCGGCCAACCUGAAGAACGUCAUGAGCAUGGAGACGGGCCAGCGGGGCCCCGAGGACCACCUGGCAGCCGCCCAGGAGCUGGAGGCCCCCAAGCCGGGGCCCUCCCCGCACGACCUGGCCGCCCAGCUGAAGAGCAGCCUGCUGGCCGAGAUCGGUCUGACCGAGAGCGAAGGCCCCCCGCUGCCCUCAUUUAGGUAUGUCCCGUCCGUGGUGGUGGGGGGGGGGCUACAAGUCAGCUCAUGUAAAUCUCUUUCUGUCAUGACGAUCCACAACGUGAUUUGCAUGUAGUUUGUUGAUUGAAAAGCCUUUGUACUUUUUU